GGCGGGGACGAGGGCGGGGCGGAAGCGACGCGGGAUGGGGGGAGCGAGCGGCUCCUCCCCAAGGGCUUCCCCAAGCUGAAGAAUGACACGUUCCUGCGUGCGGCACGUGGCGAGGAGACGGAGCACACGCCGGUGUGGUGCAUGCGGCAGGCAGGACGCUACCUGCCUGAGUUUCGGGAGACCCGGGCUGCUCAGGAUUUCUUUGACACUUGCCGGAGUCCCAAAUUGUGCUGUGAGCUGACGCUGCAGCCACUCAGACGAUUCCCCCUGGAUGCUGCUAUCAUUUUCUCUGACAUCUUGGUGGUGCCCCAGGCACUGGGAAUGGAGGUUGUCAUGGUCCCUGGCAAAGGACCCACGUUUCCAGAGCCCCUGAAGGAGGUGGAGGAUCUACUGAAACUACGGCAAAAAGUGGAUGUGUCUGCAGAACUGGGUUACGUCUUCCAGGCUGUCACACUGACACGGCACAGCCUGGAGGGCAAGGUGCCCCUCAUCGGCUUCUCCGGGGCACCUUGGACGCUUAUGUCCUACAUGGUUGAAGGGGGUGGCUCCGCUACAAUGGCAAAGGCCAAAAGCUGGCUGUACCGUCACCCUGAAGCAAGCCACCGACUGCUACGGCUGCUGACUGAUGUUGUCACUGACUACCUCGUGGGGCAGGUGGCUGCUGGAGCGCAGGCACUCCAACUGUUUGAGUCCCAUGCAGGGCAUUUAGGCCCAGAACAAUUUCAGGAGUUCGCCCUGCCAUACAUCCGAGACAUCGCCCGGGAUGUUAAGAGCAAGCUGAAAGCAGAGGCACUGCCACUGGUGCCCAUGAUUGUCUUUGCGAAGGAUGCACACUACGCGCUGCGUGAUUUGGCACAAGCUGGCUAUGAGGUUGUCGGUCUUGACUGGACCAUCCAGCCUCAGGAAGCUCGUGCACAGGUAGGGAAAGGUAUCACCCUGCAAGGAAACCUGGAUCCCUGUGCUCUCUAUGCACCCAAGGAGAAGAUUGGCGAGCUGGUGAAGAAAAUGCUGGAGAGCUUUGGAACCCAACGCUACAUUGCCAACCUGGGUCACGGCCUCUACCCAGACAUGAACCCUGAGCAUGUGGGUGCCUUUGUGGAGGCUGUGCAUGCUCAUUCCCGCCACAUCAAUAAACAUGGCUGAGCCUGGGGACAGGACUGCAGGUUGGGCACAACUACCCUGAAUAUGUUUUUGUCACAGGGUAGCUUGCUCCAGGUUGUGAUGCAGCAUUAAACUAGCACCUUCUCCACA